AAAAAGUAAAGAAAAAAAAUGAUGCUCCAUGUCUCCCCGUCAUACUACUACUGUACAGUUUUUGGAUUUCACACCUACCUACAUAUAUUUAAACAUGGCAUUUGAUUUCUCAGUGUUCCGAUGAAUCUGUCUUGCAAUCAAUACAUGAAAUGGAUUCCUUUUCUAUCGUAUUAUAGUACAUGUCAUGGUACUAGAUAGUUCCAGAGUGAUGCCUUUAAAUUCCCCAAAAGGCACAUCCGAAUCGACCCGUGAGCUAUUACACGAGGUGCCGAUCACCUCUUAACGGUCUAUCCUAAUGUUGGAGAAGACGGCUGCCAGUUUGGAACCAUGUAGCUUCCAACGGAUCGUUCCUGGCACCGCCCAGUCCUUCCGGUCUACUAGGCAACUUCGCAACCUCUUCUGGCACCAUGGAGCUGCUGAUGUUGAGCUUACUACUUCUUGGCAAGCUUUAAUGCAUGGCACUUUCGAUCUUCAUCCAAAUCCACAGCCUGAAGAGAACAAGAGCUCUGCUCUGGCCGCUUCGACAUUUCUUGUCGACUUUCUGUAUCCGAGUAGCGCUCUUUCACUUAUGCGCCGCCUUACCCCGACCACCACUACUAAUGGUUCCUCCUCCUCUUCCUCCAACCGUCCCAACACCUUCCGCUAUAAUCAGCGAUUUGCGAGACCUGUGUCUCGUCUUUUCACCUCAUCUCUCAACAAGCAGCGAGCUGAUACUUCCGGAAACAAACCUACCAACGGCAAGGAAGCGCAUGAAACUAACCCUGACGACCCUGAUCCCAACGACCCUGACCAUAACGAACCUAGCCCUAACGUAUCUAGCGAUGAAGGCGGCGAAGUUGGCCCGGAGCUAGUAGACAACUCCAAGCCCCCCAAGGAGAGCGAUAAACCCAAGGUCCCUAAAAAUGCCUAUAUUCCGAUGGUGUCUGCAGGUGAUACAUCCCAGCGGCUUAAUUCCGAGCUUGAUCAGACAACUACAGAAUCCCAUCCCACCGAAACCAACGGGGAAGAUACAACUCCAAGCACCAAUCAUCGGGAGGAACUGAAGAGUCUGUUAGAGCGCAGCCGUCUUGAAGAUGCUGAUCGCGUCUGGUACCAUUAUCAGUCUAUGACCAAAAAAACAGAAAAUAUUAUGAUUCAAGUUCUACUCUUCCUCUCCAAAACUGGUCGAUUAUCCGAUUCAUGGAAAGUAUCGGAGCUUUUCCAUAAACUCGGUCCGUCACUAUGGACCGACCCUGUGUUUCUAGCAGGCGUCGCGGCUGAAGUUAACCUGCAAAAUACCGAUCGGGCGAUAGAAGUCUUUGUUCACGGCCUAGGUGAUAUUUUUCUUAAAACUACGACUUUGGUCGAUGCUCUAGAUUUACUACUCGCCACAGCAUUGAGCUCUCCUACAUAUGAUUAUCUGGAAAAGGUAUGGGAGCAUUAUCCAGAAAUGAUCAAGAGAUGGGACUUCGAAGGCAUAACAUCAGAGCUGAGGCUUGUUGCCAGGGUUGAGGGCCUGGCUAAGAAAGCUCUCGCUUUUCAAGAAUAUCUGGCCGCAAAGCCUCAGAAGCUCGAUAGUGCAGAACCUACAGAAUCUACAGCAGCUAUGGCAGCUACAGAAGCUGCAGAAGUUUCAGAAUCUACAGAAGCUACAGCAACUACAGAAACUAUAGAGCCUACAGAGCCUACAGAGCCUACAGAAUCUGACGAAGCUCCCGAAGCUCCCGAAUCCCAGCAAGAAGCAUUGAAUGUGCUACAGAGAAUUAUUGUUCGCAGAGCUCUUGUAUCAUCCGAUAUUGAUUAUGUUCUUCCUCUUCUCAACUCAUUAAAAGAUCCGCUUGCUUUCGAGCAUUAUUUGAGAAACAUAACGGAGAGGAAUCAAAGAGACGUCGGAAUGAGCGCGUAUGAAAUCUAUCGCAAAUUGCCGGGGGCCACGCCGAGCCGCCAAGUUCUUUACGAAAUGUUCAAAUUAUACUCUAGCAUGAAAGGGUCGCUUGGAAUCAAGCUCGCUGGACUGGAAAAUAUUUGGGAAGACUGGCAUAAGUUUCAUACCAACCCUUCUCGCCGGGCAUAUCAAAGGUACCUGGCCUUCUAUGCGCGUCAGGGAGAUACAAAGAAAGUUUAUGAACUCUGGCCCAAAUUUAUUGAGCUGUAUCGCGAUGAUGUGGAUUUCCCUGCUAUAAUGGGUGACGAUACGUUUGCGCAUCUUCUCCAGGUGCAUGCGGUAAAGGGCGAGGCUGAUGAAACGGAACGGAUCUUUCACGAUAUCUCGAAGAAGUUUCGUUUAAAACCCAACAAAUACCACUGGAAUAUCUUGCUCAAUGCUCGCGCCAAGGCUGGCGAUUAUGAUGGUGCGAUAGCUACUUUCGAAAAGAUCUGUGGACAAGUGCUGGCGGACAAGUAUACUUUUGGCAUCAUGAUGCAGAUGGCUGGUGUCAGGGGUGAUUUGGGAUUUACCGUUGAACUGUAUCGCCGACGAAUACGUGCUGGCGUGGAUGUCAGUGAUGCUAUCCUUAGUAGUCUCGUCGAUGCGUACAGCCAGAAUGGACAUUUCCAAGCAGCUCGAGAUGUUUGCGUUCGUGCCGCAGAGAAAGGCAUCGUAUCAACUCAGAUGUGGAACAAAGCCAUUCAUUAUCAUGCCCUCAACCGAGAUCUUGACGCCAUGAACAACCUACUCACUCUCAUGGCUACUCACAGUGUUCCCUUUGACUCGUACACCUUUCAGCAGUUGCUUCUGGGUUUGGCUUUAUGUCGGCAAUCGCAGCACGCUUUGAAUCUCCUCGGAAUAUCACUCAAAGACCAGGUUUUCGAGGUCACUCCAGAACACUUCCAUAUCGUUAUGGGUGCCUUGUUAAUCACAGGAGAGCCUGGCCCGGUUCUGCGGCUUCACAAAGUGAUGCAGGACCGCGGAUACCCGACCUCAACAGACAGUCUAUUCCGAGUGACGCAGGCGCUUGCGCAAUGGAAGAAGAUGUCCCCAAUGCAACGAAAGCGGCAGACUGCAACAGGAUGGCUUGGAAAUGCGCUGCGGUCUUUCCACCAUAUAUACGGCUUAAGUAGUCGAGCGAGGAGUAGUAAAUUCGCACCCCCAAGGACCGGCACCACUCGACCAGGAGAACUACUGAGGCAGAGUUCCGAGAAAACUCAUUUCAGCACCAUGGUGUACCUGCUGGCUCAGAUGAAGGAUUUCGCCCAAGCUCGUGAGCUCGUGGAUCUUUACAGUUAUAUCUUCCAGGGCGAACAAGAUCUUGGCGGAAUACUACCCAUCGCCAUGCUCAAUUCUGUCAUGCGAAUGGAUCUUUUAGAUAAACAGUAUGAACGCGUUCAAGCCACAUGGGAUCAAACUCUUGAAACGGCAAAAGAAGGUGCACGAUCAGCGGACUAUGUCGUGCACCUAAAGCAUACGCCAAAGAUCUCAGCGAAAUACCGUUAUAUCCUAGCGGAUGGCCUUCAGGUUAUGAUGCAAAUGCACCUCGAAAGGGAAAAUGGCGCGGAACUUCAAAGGGUGGUGCAAAAGGUUCGUUCGGAGGGAUUCGAGCUGGACAGCAAGAAUUGGAACUUUUACGUACAGGCACUGGUUCAAGUAAACGAGCUCAAGUCUGCAUUCAUCACGUGCGAAGAGAUACUGAUGCCGAAUUGGACGGGAUGGCACAUUCUCCGUACAAAGGAGAAUGUGCGAAACAAGAUAUCUCUCGACUUACGACGAAAGGGAACAUCCCCCCGGUAUCUUCGACCGAUCGCCACGACGCUGUAUCAUCUAGCGCGAGCUUAUAUGGAGUUGGAUCAAUCCGGGCCGUAUUCUAUAGAAGCGGCGAGAGCGGCACAAGAGGUAGAAAGAGACUGCCCACAAGCAGUCCGAGCCAUCAGAUCUAUGAUUCGGGUACAUUCGACGGCUGAAUAUCAGAUUCUCGGUGAGGAGGAUUUCGCCCAAUUUGAUGCCGCCGAAGAAGAAGACGAAGAAGGUGAAUUCGGAUUUGAAAACGAGGGCGACGACGAUGCUCAAUCUGGAGCUAUAGGUACAGAUACAAGCUACAAUACGAAGCUUGGAGCUGGAACUGGAGCUGGAACUGGAACUGGAACUGAGACUGGGUCUGAAUUUGAGUCUGAGUCUGAGUCUGAGUCUGAGUCUGAGUCUGAGUCUGAGUCUGAGUCUGAGUCCGAAUCUGAAUCUGAGUCCGAGUCUGAAGUAGAGAAGAAGAAGAAGAAGCCUGUGUGGCGACGUGUAUAAAAGACGUUGCUUCCUGUUGUAUAUAUGAAGCACUACAUAUUUUGUAACCUAGUAGAUAAAUCUCAGAGUACUUAAAUGUAUAGCAACCAACAAUCGUAUUUAA